AUGCAACAGGUGAGGAAGAGUCAGCAACAAGUGAGGAAGAGUCAGCAACAGGUGAGGAAGAGUCAGCAACCGGUGAGGAAGAGUCAGCAACAGGUGAGGAAGAGUCAGCAACAGGUGAGGCAGAGUCGGCAACAAGUGAGGAAGAGUCAGCAACAGGUGAGGAAGAGUCGGCAACAGGUGAGGAAGAGUCGGCAACAGAUGAAGAAGAGUCAGCAACAAGUGAGGAAGAGUCAGCAACAGGUGAGGGAGAGUCAGCAACAGGUGAGGAAGAGUCGGCAACAGGUGAGGAAGAGUCAGCAACAGGUGAGGAAGAGUCGGCAACAGGUGAGGAAGAGUCAGCAACAGGUGAGGAAGAGUCAGCAACAGGUGAGGAAGAGUCAGCAACAAGUGAGGAAGAGUCAGCAACAAGUGAGGAAGAGUCAGCAACAGGUGAGGAAGACUCAGCAACAGGUGAGGAAGACUCAGCAACAGGAGAGGCAGAGUCUGCAACAGGUGAGGAAGAGUCAGCAACCGAUGAGGAAGAGUCAGCAACAGGUGAGGAAGAGUCAGCAACAGGUGAGGAAGAGUCAGCAACAGGUGAGGAAGAGUCAGCAACAGGUGAGGCCGAGUCGGCAACAAGUGAGAAAGAGUCAGCAACAAGUGAGGAAGAGUCAGCAACAGGUGAGGAAGAGUCAGCAACAGGUGAGGAAGUCAGCAACAGGUGAGGAAGAAUCAGCAACAGGUGAGGAAGAGUCGGCAACAGGUGAGGAGGAGUCAGCUACAGGUGAGGAAGAGUCAGCAACAGGUGAGGAAGAGUCGGCAACAGGUGAGGAAGAGUCAGCAACAGGUGAGGAAUAG